AUGGCAUAUGCGUGUGACGACACUCGUUGUGCGCAUGACGAGGCGAGUGAGGCGAUGAAACGUAGUAGAGUCGACGUGGUGCGAGGCCGGAGUCCGAGUGUGGGCUUGCCCGUUGUUCGAGAACGUUUUUUGCGUGGGUACGACGGCAAGGGCAUGCAUUGGUGA